CGGGUUGAUGGUGCAGAAUGUCUGUGAAUCUGCUCAGCGGACGCAUCGCGGUGGCGCUCGCGUGAAACUUACCUUGAGUCGGUUUCAUUCGGUGUGUUUGUGCGCGCGGAGCGACAUGGAUCCGUCCCGCAGGAGCGAGGGAGACUGGCAGGGGCUGGUCAGCGAGUUCCUGAUCUGUAAGCGGAAGUUGGAGAGUAAGAAGGAAGCUCUCCUGAUCCUGUCCAAAGAGCUGGACACCUGCCAGCAGGAGAGGGAUCAGUACCAGCUGAUGGCCAACCAGCUCCGCGAGCGCCACCAGGGCCUCAAGAAGAAGUACAGAGAGCUCAUCGAUGGAGAUCCCUCUCUGCCUCCGGAGAAAAGGAAUCAGGUGAAUUUAGCCCAGCUGCUCAGAGACUCCAGAGAGAAAAACAGCCAGCUUUCUGAGGAAGUGAAGGAGCUGAAGCAGCGACUGACGGAGGCUCAGGGUGAUAACAAGCUUCUGCGAAUGACCAUCACCAAACAGAGGCUGGGAGACGAGGAGGUCGGCGCUCGACACUUUCCUGCACACGAACGAGAGGAUCUGGUCAAACAGUUAGAGAGAGCUGGAGAACAGAACGAGGUCCUGCAGCACAGCGUGAAGUCACUCGCCGACGAGCUGCAGGACGUUCAAGCUGAGCGCGACGUCUUCCAGCAGAAGGCUCAUCGCCUCAACGUGGAGAUGAACCACAUCGUGGGCAACGACGACAUCCGCGUUUUAGACAUAGACGCCCUGUGCAUGGAGAACAGGUAUUUGCAUCAGCGGUUCAGUCAACUGCAGGAAGAAAUCGCCUUGCUCAAAACAAACCUGGUGAAGUAUAAGAACGCCCUGGACUGCAGGAAGAACUCCAGGAUCUGCGGGAAAGCCAACAGCAGCGCGCUGACUGGAGUUCUGUCUGCGAAACAAGUGAAGGAGCUGUUGCUGUCUGAAGAAAAUGGCUGCAGUUUGCCGGUGACCCCUCAGUCCAUCUCAGACCUCAAGUCCCUCGCCACGGCUCUGCUGGAAACCAUCCACGAGAAGAACAUGGUGAUCCAGCACCAGCGGCAAAUCAACAAGAUUCUGGGGGGUCGAGUGGCAGAGCUGGAGCAGAAGCUGCAGACGUUGGAGGUGUCGGGGUUGUGGAGUCUUCCAGGCCUGACUUAUAACGUGUCUCUGGGAACAUAUGGAAGAGGAAAAGACGGCGUCGUCCUGCAGACGCAGCAGCGGGAGUCAGCGCGGUCUCCUGGACGGGAAGGUGGACGUUCACUCGGUGAUGAAGGGUCAGAAACAUUCGCUGCGGAUCAGCAGAGCUCCACAGGAGUCCCGAACCAAGCGAGUGGAGCGCCGGCCGUGUCGGGAGGUCCAGGCGAGGAGACGGGCCGGCGGAACCCCGAGGAAGAGCCGGACCCAGCGGACGGUGCAGAGACUCACGGCGGCGGCGGAUCACAGAUCACAGCCGAUUUAACGGCUUUAACGAGUCACCGCUCAGGAGAAGAGGAGCGUCUCAGUGAGCCGCCUCCCGCAGAUCCAGAUGUGAGCCCACAGCAGCUGUCAGACCUCUCACAGAGGACGGUAGAGGAGGACGAGUCAGACGACCGCGCUGAGCGCCUCGAAACCGAUGAGACGGAGUCACAGGAGGACGUCCUGUCCAACCAGGAGAUGCAGCUGUCAGACGAGACAGAUGUUCGUCAGGACGUCUGAUGGCAGGACAGACGGAUGCAUUUAGAACAUGAUGCUGCUUUAUUCUUUUGGGUGAAUCGGGAGAAAGUGACACUACAACAGUCACAGUCUGCAGCUGGGUUUGAUAAAAACAUCUGUGAAUCCAAGAGACACAACACACACGACCGGGACGCUCCAUGAAGGGUGUCCUCGUGAAUAAACCCCCGUCAGCAGGAGUGACUCACAACACGCCCAGAAAACAAUCUCAAAUGUCAUUGAACUUCUGCUUUCACUCCUUUUUUAGUCUCAUGUAGCUCCGCCUUUUAAAACAUACAGUCACAGUACAUGGCCAAAAGUAUGUGGACGCCAGAGAGCAGCGCCCGCAUGCGUUCAACCUGCCGCUCUGAUCGUGGGGAUCAGACUGGGAGAGGAAACUCUGUGGAUCUUGUUUUUGUGCACAUUGUGAUGUUGAAACAGGAAAUGAUUGUCACCACACUGUGGGAAGUUAAACACCGUGUAUGAGAGAGGUGAUUAAAAGCAGCAGGAAAGGACUGAGCGAUGUGGCUGAUUCGCUGCCGCGCUGCAGAGGUGGGACGGUUUGCAUUUUUCUGCCUUCCAUCGUAAAAUUUCAGUCUUCCUCCGUUUAGUCCAGAUUCACCCUGCCAGUCAGAGCGAGAGUCUCCAGGAGUAAACAGUGAGAAUAACCUUUGCAUCACAUUUCUGCUGUUUACUCUCGUCUGAGACACGUUUCAGGUUUUCUUUCACACAGUAAUGAAUUCAGGAUGACGGACAGAGAGCGGCUGCCGCCCUGAAGACAAAGACGCCGCUCAGACACGUUUUCUUAUCCUUCGUCUGUUCCCCCUCGACCGCAUCAGACUGAAGCGAGCAGCGCAGCAACACGUGGACUGAAGCAGCAAACGUCACCGAGCACAAACAGUCUGACGUCUUCACUGAAGCUUCACUCAGAUCAGAACUAAACGUCCUGACACGCGGUCUUAUGUCCAAUCACACAGUGUUAUAGAUAUAUGAAAUGCUGCAUGACAGUAUAUCAGUGACUAAAAAUGCUUUUCUUUUUUCAUGCUUUUAUUUUAUUCCUUCACAGAGAAAUAUUUGAUGAAUUACAAAUAUGUGAGACCUUCGUCAAGAACACAUUCACAGAAGUUAUGAGUCUGUAGCACAGCAUCUAGAUUACCAGCACCGACGUCUUCAUCGUGUUUUUGUUGUAAAAGUCUGAACUCACAUAGAGCCGUGUGUGUGUGUGUGUGAUGAAUGUGUACAAGAUGGAUUUAUUUCUGCAGAAUAAAUCAUUUUCAA